AUGUCAAGAGAAAAUUCUGUGCAACUCAUCCCUUACCAUGACAGGGGACAGUCCUUCCUGCCCGCCAUUCCAGGAGGUAAAAUGGAGUUUCUGGAAGGCAGGUUAUCUAACCAGGAAAAGACAACCACCAUACUUCUAGAACAGGCCUUCAAGAUUAAAGAGGAUGUUUCCAUGCUGAGAGGCAAUCGCGGCACACAGUGGGACUUGAUGGCUCAGCGGCUGCUUGAGAAUCACAUGCAGAUCGUCACACAAAUAGUUAAACAGCUUAGUAAAGAUAUAGAGGUUUUAGAAAAUGAGAUCAGAACCAGAGACACGGUGAGCACAGGAACAAGCUUUGCAGUACAGCACCUGGAUAGGAAACAUCUAUCUGGAAUUGGUGAUCUACGAGGCCGUGUAGCCAGGUGUGAUGCCAGUAUAGCAAAGUUAUCUGGGGAUCUAGCAACAACGAAACAGGAACUGCAGACACAGGAAAAAGAGAUUCACAGUAUCAGUGCAGCUGUGGAUGCACAUGUGAAAGAGCUCGACCUAAAGGUAAUGCAGCUACUAGGAAAGAUGGAAACUUCAAUUUUUGAUCAGAACAACAAAGUGAAGAAUGCCCAGGGGGAGCAGCACCAUGAGAUCCAACUUCUAGAUCUCAAACUUGCUGGUAUUUUUGAUGGCAUUCAGGGACAAAUCCAAAAUCAGCACAAGUGGGCUGAAUCCAAGGUAGAAAGGCUAGCAGAGGAGCAGACUCAGCACUUAGAGCAACAUCUUAAUAAUCUCCAGGAAAAAAUGGAUGCAGUAGAAAAGAGACUCCAGGAAAACAUGCACCACUUGACUUUGAAAGUAGACAACACUGACUAUGUCCAAAGGCUGGAGGCGAAGCUCAGCAAAUUGAAACAGGCAGAAGAGAAAAUGGCUGCCAGACUCAUAAAACAUGAAAGUGAAAUGUGGGAUGAGAUCGAGAAUAUGAAAAGUGAAUACAGAGCAGGAUUUCAAGCUAUACAAGAGUCGCUGAAUUCUCUUCAACAAAUCCAAGAGACAAAAGUAAAACUGGAAAGCAGAAAAGUUCAGAAAGACAUUAAGAAAAUACAACGCAAGAUUGUAGAAUUGAAAGACAUUUGAGAUGUUGCAGUAGGCAUACUAUACUAUGAAUAUAGUAUUCACAAACCGUAAGGGCAAUGGCUGUGUAUUGGA